AUGGGGACGCGUUCGGAGGAGCUCGCUGCCAGGUUGGCGGCCGGGGGCCCCGGCGGCGUCGGCGGACCAGCAGGAGGAGGAUGCGGGGAGGGGCAGCACGAGCGGGUGGUCGCGCUCCGCGAGAUCAAGAACCAGACCUUCGGGAACCAGACCAAGAAGCUCCUCUACCUCCGCCUGGGUGCCGUGUUAGCGGUCGUCACGGCGCGUCACCAGCCAUGCUCGUCCAUGAGCGGCCGCGGCGGAGUACUUUGCUUGCGGCGUAGACGAUGGCGCGCAUGCCGUGCUUGCUGCUGGAGCCGUGGGGCACCUCCUCGCCCACCCCGAUAA